CAGGAACGUGUGACCUAUAGAAUUUUCCGAAUCUUGUCCACAUAUCGAAUAUUUAAAGGAUUCUUGCAUCCAUAUACGCAGGGGCAUGUGGAAUUUACGCGUUUGAACCGCCAAAGGCAAAAAGAAACCCUGUUAUUUCGCUCAUUUUUCUCGCCUCCACGUUUCCAUCGCUUUCUGUGAGCGGGCGACGCGAGACACUAGGCCGCUGCCUUCUCUAUAUUUCUGUCUCCCUCGGAUUUCAAAUAUCAUCAACUUCUAUCUGCAUCGGAGCUUUUCUAGGGCUCCGUUUCCCUACCGAAGAUCACAGCCAUGCCGAAAGGGGUUCUUUGCAAGUUCUUUGCACAAGGGGGAUGUCUAAAAGGGGAGCACUGUGAGUUUUUGCAUGAUAUGAAAUCACCUUCAGAUAAUGUUUGUGCCUAUUACCAAAAAGGAACUUGUGCUUUUGGGAGCCGGUGCAGAUAUGAACACGUUAAAGAUUCACACUUGCAGCCUUCUGCAUCGUCCUUCUCGGGGCAUAGGAAACCAGCUAUGAGUCACAAUUCAGCAUCUCAAGAUUCAUUAAAGAUUGAUGUCAUAGAUGAGGCGACUGUUUGUGGUCUAACUGAUCAGUCAAUCUGCUCAUUUGCAGCAGCUGGUAACUGUCAUCGGGGCGGGAAGUGUUCUCAUAUUCAUGGAGAUUUAUGUCCCACCUGUGGAAAGCAUUGUCUGAAUCCUUUUAAACCUAGGGAAAGAGAGGAGCAUUUAAAAUCAUGCAAGAAAAGACAAAAACAUGUGGAAUUAUUAAAACAUAGUCAAGAAAUAGAGUGCAGUGUGUGCCUUGAGCGUGUUCUCUCCAAGCCAACAGAAGCUGAACGCAAAUUCGGAAUCUUAUCAGAGUGUGACCAUCCUUUUUGCAUAUUGUGCAUCAGGAAUUGGCGUGGUAGCUCUCCAUCAUCUGGGGUGGAUGUAAAUUCUGCAUUAAGGGCAUGCCCUAUAUGCCGAAAGCGGUCUUAUUUUGUCAUUCCUAGCGUGAUUUGGUACAAUACGAAGGAAGAAAAACAAGAAAUUAUUGACAGCUACAAAGCAAAACUCAGGACUAUUGAUUGCAAGCACUUUGAAUUUGGAAAUGGGCUUUGCCCAUUUGGGACUAGCUGUUUUUACAAGCAUACUGUCAAACCUGGUUCAUUGUUGUGGAAUUCUGUUAUUAUGCCUGAUUCAUAUGGAUCAAGGUUUCCAGACAUGGAUGAAGUAGGACUCAGCUCCGACACAGAUAUUGAUGGCCUGGUUAAUUUAUUUGAACAGCUGUACAGGCCGCCACAUAGACCCCGAGGAUUUCUGGAGCAAGAGGAUUCUAGUGAUGAAGAAAUAAAUGAGUUUGCUGAGGCAAUGUCUUUUCUACACUGGCUCCAGCGACCUGAUGCUAGUAGUGACAUUGACUUCUCAAGUGACGAGGAUUAACAAUAUUAUAUCAUUGAGUUUGGUGUAUAAAUCCCUAGUGGUUUAUCAGAUUACUUAAAUCUUGUGAUGUGUCUUAAUUAGCCCUGCAAACUGAUAGUGGCUGACUAUCUUUGGUGAACUGUAGUCAUUAAAACAAUUAUCAUACAAUAUACUUUUUCUGAAUUUUUGACAUUUCCGCGGUUAUACAAUUUAUAUGAACUGUGUUGUCAACACAACAAUUUUGUAGCUGACCAUGACAAUACUGAAGCUGGAUAAUUUACAGUCGCAACCUCUCAAGGACAUUGGGCAUCCUCGUGUGGAUAUCUAAGUAUGAUGUUAAGCUUACUCUAAGGAGUAUAUUGUGUUCUUGAAAUUUGUAGCCUUCCAGGUGAUUUGGCUACGUUUCUCCUUUCCUGAUCAUUAGUUUACUGAUUAUUCAGUCACCAGCAACAAUAUAUGUAGGGUCAGAUCUCAAUCAGUCAAUGAUAUUAACGCUCUGUUUGGCUGGAGGAUUUUGAAGGGAAGUGAAUAUUCAUGUGUGUUUAGUUAAAGGAAGUCGGAAGGAAGAGUUUGACAAAGUCCUUCCUUCCCCGUCCCUAGUCUCCUGACUCUCCUCGCCAAUACCCUUCCUUCCUCUUCUUUGAACCAAACAAAGGGUAAGUGAUAGUUUAAAGAAGCAAAGUUGUCAAAAUUUAGUUGGAUGGGUAGAGUGUAUAAUGACACUACAACUGCUUUGUGUUUAUAAAAGCUUACACGAAGGGUAACAUACGGUCAAUCUAGUCUAGACAAAUAUGUGCUGACACAAACAACAAAUAUUUGCACAGCAAUUAAUGUACUCUUCU